AUGACUUCCGUAUGUCAAAAACGUUUCGUUUUUUAAUAGUAUACAGUAGAAAUAACUAAUAAUAGUUCGCACAAAAAAUCAGAGUCGCCCCAAAUUUUUUGACCCAUGGUCUUCUGAAUUCUGAUUUCUGACACGUACAUAUAUACCUACCGCUCUAAUUAUAACGAUACCCUUAUCUUAGAUUUUGACUUCUGUCUGUUUCUGAGUUCAUCACAAGUAAUAAAAUUUCGAUUAUAAAUAAAAUGGGAUGUUACCCAAUUGUGUGUACGUUAUCAAUAUCCUGCUAAAAACCGUCUAUAGCAGUGAUUGUAGGAUUUAUAUUAUGUGAUUGUGGCAGCAUUUAAUCAUAUUACUACAUAAUUACGUAAAUUUAAUAAUAUUAUUCAAUAAGACAAGGACUCUUGAGGUACGUUUUUAAAAUUAGUGUAGUUUAAAAGGUAACAAUAAAGUCAAAAUAUUAAUAAGUUGAGCCCCAUGAAACCUAGAUAAAUUGUCAAGAUAAGCUACAAUGAUGAUAGAAACAUUUGUGUUUUUUGAUAUAGAAGCUACAGGACUUCCCCAAUUUGAAAAGAAUAGAACUAAAAUUACAGAAUUGACCUUUAUUGCUGUAGCUCGAAAGGAUAUCGAGACAAGUGAAUGUUUACCUCUCAUGAAUAAGUUGUCUUUACUUUUCAACCCAGAAAGGAAAAUUCAAAAAGAAGCUUCAAGGAUCACAGGUUUAACAAAUAACAAUUUAAAAAAUCAACCUAUAUUUAAAGAUAAAAUUCAAACAAUAAAUACUUUUCUGUUAGAACUCAACCAGCCGGUGUGUCUGGUUGCUCAUAAUGGCAACAGGUUUGAUUUUAAAGUACUUAAAGCUGAAUUUUGUGACGCAGGCCAGGAUUUGCCAUCCCACCUACUUUGCUUAGAUUCACUAACAGGUUUUAGAAAGAUUGCUAAAGAUAGUAUGAAUAUUUGUAGUAAAGUUCCUUCAAGCUCCAGUAAAAAUAUUACUCUUAAAACAAAUAAAACUCUAGAAACAAAUAUUACAACUUCUUUAAAAGUUGAUGAUUUACUAACUGAUGAUGAUGAUGAUUGGCCACAGCUUAACACAAGCACUGAAAUAUGGGAAGAAAUUGACAAAUUAUCGUUAAAUGAAUGUCCUGUGAAUAAACCAAAAACAACAGAGAAGGUGUCGUGUCAAUUAACUGCUUUAUACAAAAGAUUUUUAAAAAAAGAGCCACUUACCUCACACAGAGCAGAAGCAGACUGCAUUAUGUUAUUAGAAUGUGUUACUACAACCAAACAGAGCUUUUUACCAUGGGCUGAUAAAAAUUGUAAAUUAAUUCGUGAAAUUAAGCCUCUAAUACGUAGUUAAGGUUCAUUUAAUGUUAAGUUUAAAUUAACAAUAUUUAAUAAUAAUGUAUACUUUUACAUUUAUAUUUUAUGUCUGAUAUUAAUUUCAA